GUAGUCGCGCCGGGCGGGAUGACCGGAACAACAAGAUGGCGGAGUGGGAAGAGUUUCGGGAGUCAGUCCUGUAACACAGACCUGAGCCUGUUGACUGGUGAAACAUCUGUGUGGCACGACACCAAAGCCAUCAUGAAUCUCCAGCAGCCAGCGCCUCUCCCUCCUGUCCACCCUGAUGUGCAGAUGAAGCCCCUGCCCUUCUAUGACUUGCUGGACGUCCUAAUCAAGCCUUCAAGUCUAGGAGCGAGUCCUGCACAGAGGUACCACCAAGAAAAAUAUUUUAUCUUUGCCUUGACACCACAGCAAGUUCGGGAAGUCUGCAUAUCCAGGGACUUUCUACCAGGUGGCAGAAGGGACUAUAUGGUUCAGAUUCAACUGAGGUUUUGUUUGUCAGAAACAAGUUGCCCACAAGAGGAUAACUACCCAAACAGUCUUUGCAUAAAGGUCAAUGGGAAACUUUUUCCUUUGCCAGGUUAUGCACCACCACCAAAAAACGGCGUGGAACAGAAGAGACCAGGAAGACCUCUGAACAUUACCUCCCUUGUGCGGCUCUCCUCUGCAGUCCCCAAUCAGAUUUCAGUGACAUGGGCACCUGAAAUUGGAAAAACCUAUUCUAUGUCUGUGUACCUGGUGAGGCAGCUGACAUCACCGCUGCUCCUGCAGAGGCUGAGGAUGAAGGGCAUCAGAAACCCAGACCACUCCAGAGCACUGAUUAAAGAGAAGCUGACAGCAGAUCCAGACAGUGAGAUUGCUACAACAAGCCUUCGAGUCUCCCUCAUGUGCCCGCUGGGUAAGAUGCGACUGACAGUGCCGUGCCGGGCGGUGACCUGCUCUCACCUGCAGUGUUUUGAUGCUGCCCUCUACCUGCAGAUGAAUGAGAAGAAACCCACCUGGAUCUGUCCUGUGUGCGACAAGAAGGCUGCAUAUGAGAGUCUCAUCAUUGAUGGCUUAUUCCUGGAGAUCCUGAAUGACUGCUCAGACGUGGAUGAAAUCAAGUUCCAGGAGGACGGAACCUGGUGUCCCAUGAGACCAAAGAAAGAGGCCGUUAAAGUCCCCUCUCAGUCAGUUCAAAAAAUUGAGACCGCAGCUCCUUUGCGCCAGUCUUCAGUGGUCCCCCUUUCUACUGAGCCUAGCACCACCAAGAAGGCGGAUGUGAUUGAUCUGACUCUGGAAAGCUCCUCCUCUUCCUCAGAUGAAGAGGACACAGAUCCUCCUCUGAAGAAACGCUGCGUUUUCAUUUCCAAGAACGAGGAGAUGCAUGCAAAGGGAGUGUUGACCUACCAGCCAACCGUGCGCGUGCCAAACGUCCAGGCCCUGGACCCAUCCUAUCUCACCUCUACGCUUGCUGACUAUGCAGUCCCCUUCCACCCCUCCACCCUGGCCACCAUCCCAACAGACAUGCAGAGUCUGGAUUUGUUUUCCUUAAUUCAAGCAGAUCCUCAGCAUUACCGGCCACCGAUGUUCCUGGACAACCUGACGAACAGCAUGCAAAGUGCAGCUGCAGCCAGCACCAGCUCAGCCCUGGUGUCAUCCUCCAGCAGCCACUACGAUACCAGCACCCAUGCUGCCAGCUCCUUCCACGAGACCCGGGUCAUCACAGGAGGAGGGGGCGUUGGGGGCGGGACGGACAGCAGCAUAUCAGAUAUCAUUUCGCUAGACUGAGCCACGUCUCACUGGACCUUUUCAGGCCCGUUUUCUGUGGCCUUCUUAGUGUGGACUACGUGUUCAUGCCAUGUUGAGUUUUUACACCCAAGCACCCAAAUUGGUAUACAUGAGCACUUUGAUGGCUUGAACAUUUUCAUGAUCUUUUAAACUGUAUUCAGGCAUGUUUCUUUUUGCCAUUGGGGUUUUUUAAUUGCAAAUGGGUUUUACAUCCUAUCCUCUAAAGGAGGAUGAUAAAUGGUUUUAAUGGCCAAGGACAACAUUUUGUGUCAGUGAAUUGUCAUUUCUCUUGAGGUUUAUGUGACUUCAACAUUUGUGGAAUAUUCUCAUGUGCUCUCAUACAAACCUUAAUCACAUUAGAUCAAAACCUUGGUUUAGUCCAAAGUCCCUUGGUAUUUAUCGUUGGUUUUGUCCGAUAUUCCUUGCAGUUAUAGCCUUGUUUUAUUCUAAUAUCUCAUGGAGUUGUAGCUUUGGAUUAAUCUAACCUUUUCUUUGGCUUUUUACCAUUGGUUUAGUCCAAUGUUCCCUUCUGUUUUGCCUUGGUUUUGUCGGAUGUUCCUAGGUGUUCUAGCCUUGGAUGAAUCCAAUAUUCCCUGGCAUUUUAGCAUUAGUUUAGGCCAAUGUUUCCUGUUGUUGACGCCUUAGGUUAAACCAAUAUUUACUGAUUUUUCAGCCUUGGUUUAGUCCAAUAUUUCCUGACGUUUUGCCUUGGUUUAGUCCAAUAUUCCCUGGUAUUUAACCCCUGGUUUAGUCCAGUGUUUCCUGGUAUUUUAGCAUUGGUUCAAUCUAAUAUUCCAUGCUGUUUUAUCUUUGGAUAAAUCCAAUGUUUCAUGGUGUUGUAGCCUCGGUUUUGUCCAAUAUUCCCUUUUGUUUUAGCCUUGGUUUAGUCCAAUAGUCCCUGCUGUUAAAGCCUUGGUUUAUUCCAGUAUUCCCUUCUGUUUUAACCUUGGUUUGGUCCAGUAUUCCCUGCUGUUUUAGCCUUGGUUUAGUCUAAUAUUCCCUGCUGUUUAAGCCUUGGUUUAGUCCAAUUUUCCCUGCUGUUUUAUCCUUGGUUCAGUCUAAUAUCCCCUGCUGUUUUAGAGUUGGAUUAGUCCAGUGUUCAGUAGUGUAGCCUUGGAUUAGUCCAGUUUUCUCUGGUGAUGUAGCCUUUAUUUGGUAAAAUGUUCCCUAGUAUUUUAUCCUUGGUUUAGUCCAAUAUUCCUUGAUAUUUAGCUUUAGCUGGUUCUGUGCCAUUGCGUGUCCAGCCAGGGAGUAUAUACUUUGAAAUAAGUGGAACUGGCAAUCCUUUCACAUUUUGAGGAGUCAUUUGUGUCAGCGCCCAUAUAAAGAUAUUACCUGGGGAACUUUGUUAGUUUGUUUUUCAUCAUGCAGUAUCAUGACCCCAACAGAACAGAACAGACAGAAAUAUUUUAAUAUCCCUUCCAUCCUCAGCUCAGUAGAUGUUUUCCUGGCAGAAAGAUAGAUUUAAUACUUUUUUUGUAGUUGCUCUAGUUUUGAAAAUAUUUAGAACAUUGAACUCUUCAUUUAUACCAAUUUGUUUGCUUGAGCAUACAUGUAAAUCUGACUUCAGCCAAUUCUGGCCUGGUUGACCUGAACUGUGUGCGUCAUUAGCACAGAACAGAGUCUGCACAGGUGGAAGGAGAGCUUGGACUCACUGCUCUCAGCAGGACCUUGUUUCACACAUCCAUGAUGCAAAUGAAUGGAUGGUUGGACGUAGGAGGGUCCUUGGUGAAAAAGACUUUUGGACCGGUAAAGCUACUGUUGACUGUAAACAUGGAAGGCACGUCAGUUAUACAAAUGUUUUUAUUGGUUCUAAUGGCUGUCAGUCAUUACUCCACGAGGGAUUUUUACAUGGCAACUUUCAUUUCUACGUUCUUUUGUAAUUUAGUCAGAGCAAUAAUAAUUUAUCUAGAGUUGUAAAUGUAGUUCACGUACUCGCUUAAUGAUUCCAGCUGGUCCGUACCACUCUGCCUCCCAAAUCCAAUCUCUUUCCUCUGUGUUUGGUCAAUUUAUUUGCUUAUUGAAGGUGCAAACAUGAUUUUGUUUUGUUGGAGAAAAACAUUAAAAGGAAUAGUCAAUUUAGGUAAAUAUGCUCAUUUGCUCUCUUUUAGAGAGUGAGAUCCUCAGAUGGCGAUCAAUCUCAUGUCUGUGUUAGUACAGACCUUGAGUCAUGAUGUGGUUUUCUAGCUUAGCGUGACUGGAAGCAGAGGAAACAGCUUGUCUGGCUGUGCUCAGAUUUAAACAAUACACCUACUAACAGCUCUAAAGCUCACUGAUAAACAUGCUGUGUGCUAUUUGUUGCUCCUUAAACAAAGACAGAUAUGUGAAUCACAGGAGGGAUGCAUGAUUUGGGGAUUUUUGCUGAUAUAUAACAACUUAUUUGGCGGAUUACUGAAAUCAAUGUAUCGACUUUUUCCCCACCUAAGUUUAUUGAUAAUCAGCUCUCUUCUGCAUGUUCUUAUGCUGAUGGUCCACCAGCAAAUGGAGAUAUUGAAUAUAAUACUUUUCAUUUUAAAACCAGUCUCUGCUGAUAUCGAUGAUGUACAAUUUAUGGUUUUAGGGGUAAUUAUCAGAAUUCAUUGACUGGUUGGGGAAAUGAGUCAGAAAUCUUCUUUCCCAAAGUCAACUUUUACUUGCCUCUAUACAAAUAGUUUUAUGCAUUAGCUGGUAUCAGAUAACAACAAAGACAACUUUAUUGUCAUGUUUCAUCAUAAACUUAAACAGCUUUUGAAAAGUAAUCCCAUUUUAUCUGCUUGCUGUCAGACUUGCAGCAAACUGCAUGUUGCAUUAUUGGAGUUUUGUCCACAUCCUCUAACACCCAUAACGACAGCAACUUUUUUUUUCUUUAGAAAUCCAUUUGUGUCCUUUUGUAUCAUUCUCUGCCCCCUCUCUAAAGUCAUAUGUUUUUGUGGGUCGGUAAACUCAAUCUGUUCACAGCUGACUUUUAAACCCUGCAAAAUGAACAGUUAAGUUUCACUUUGACUGCACCUGAUAUUCUGCUGCUCCAUCUGUGCCCAGAGUGAACUUUGUACCCAAAGAGCAUGAAGCAGUCAAUAACUAAAUGGAAUAUAUAUCACAGCAGAGCUCCUAAUGAACGGUUCUGCUCCAAAAAUAGAAGAUCUAUUAGUUGUGACAUGUCUGCACCUGCCUAUUCAUUUCCUCUUCCUUCCAUUCUUCAUGCUAAGCUAGGCUAACCACAUCCUGACUCCAACUCUGUGCUUAAAACAGACAUUAAUGUUCAUCUUCUUAAAUCCCACUCGAAAAGAAAGUCAAGAGUAUUUCCCAAAAUGUUUGAACUGUUCCUUGAAAUUUUCUUACAAAUGAGUGCAUCAGUUUGGACUAGCAUGAGACAGUUCAGUAGAUUUUGACGUAAUGUAAAUGAAAGAGUUUGUUAGCAUCUCAAGUUUUUAUCAUCUUACUUGUAGUUAAUAUUUAAAAGUCCACUCUGUAAUUCUCCGGAACUCUGGCCUCUGGUAUUUUUGGAUGUUAUUGUACGUUGAUGAUGCUGUGUUUUACUAUAGGAUGGAUGAACGUGGCAUAAACACUCGCUCAGCGUUGACACCUUAAGCCCAUUUUCUCACAGUCGACAGUAAGAAGUAAGAAAGAUAAACAGGGCAGCUAUUGUAUCACACCUUCAUUAUCUGGAUUGCUUGCUGUGCGUGUGGACAUUCAGCCAUCAGGAGCUCAAUCUCAGGGACCUAUACUCCACUUUUUCUGGGCUUGAUGAACUGCAUGAAUGGAAAUACUGACACAAACAACACUGUCAGUAUCUGGAACUGAAAUACAAAUGUGCUGUAAAAGUUAGGCUAAUGUGUAACAUCUUUUGGGUCAGUGUUUUAUUCGAAGUAUUCCAACAUUAUGCUUAUGAUCAUUGAUGAUUUCAUGUUAACGGUCAAUUCAACCAAAUUACAAAAAAAAAAAAAAAAAAAAGAUAAGCUCUGGUGGUAUCCUGCAUUGCGAUUGUUUCUGGUAUAUGCCAACAGGUUUUGAGGUAUCUGUCGCUGAGAAUUCAGUUUUAACGGAAUUAUGUUAACAUUACAUUUCAAAUAUUGUGAUUUUUAUGAUUAUGUGAAAUGAACAUGACCUCUUAACAAUGCAUUAAAUGGUGGAAGACAUGAAA